AUGCCGCCACCCAAGUUCAAGGCCGAGUCCCAGCUUCAUAAGGAGAAGUUGGUAAAUUCAUACAAUGAGCUUCUAGAGGAAUUCUCCUCCAAAGAUUUACGCAACGUUGGGAACUACAGUUUAGGGAAGCUCAUCGGGAAGGGCUCUUUUGGCAAAGUCUAUCUCGCGUCUCAUAAGCUCACAAAUGGCUCUAAGGUGGUCGUGCUCAAAUCUUCCAGCCGCAAUGAUGGAAAUCUUGCCCGCGAGAUUCACCACCACCGCCAGUUUAUACAUCCCCACAUUGCUCGCCUCUACGAAGUAGUCGUCACCGAAAGUCUAGUAUGGCUGGUUCUGGAAUAUUGUCCAGGUGCGCAUUAUAUCUCGGACAGUGGGUCGCCACGUACUGAAAUCAUUUGUCUAGGGGACGAGCUCUAUAAUUAUCUCCUACGCAAUGGACCAAUGCCGGUUGAAAAAGCACAAAAGAUAUUCACACAGCUUGUCGGAGCAGUAGCAUACGUGCAUAGCAAGUCAUGCGUACAUCGAGAUCUCAAAUUGGAAAAUAUUUUGUUGGAUAAACAUGAAAACGUGAAGCUAUGCGAUUUUGGUUUUACCAGGGAAUAUGACGGAAAGGCCAGCUAUCUGCAAACCUUCUGCGGUACAAUAUGCUACAGCGCACCAGAAAUGCUAAAAGGCGAAAAGUAUGCGGGCGAGAAGGUUGACGUGUGGAGCUUGGGUAUUAUCCUUUAUGCGUUGAUUGCUGGUGAACUACCAUUUGAUGAAGAUGACGACCAGGUAACGAAAUCUAAAAUUCUUUCCGAAGAGCCCAAGUAUAAAGAUCAGUUCCCAGACGAGGCAAAGUCGUUAAUCAAUUUGCUAUUGUCAAAACGACCGCUCUUACGGCCCAGUCUCAGCGAUAUAUUGGCGCAUCCGUUCUUAGCAGAGCAUGCUCCGCAGCAGCACGCCAUCCUGAAACUAUCGCGUCCCGCUCCAUUCUCGACGCCGUUGGAGAAGACAACUUUAGAGCGAAUGAGAAGUGCAGGGGUUAACACCACUCAAGUCAUGGAGAAUGUCCUAGCACAGCGGUGCGACGCUCUUGCUGGAUGGUGGGCCCUACUAAUCGAAAAAGAAGAGAGGAAAGAGAAGAGAAGAGAGAGGAAGCGUCGGGAACGAGAAGCCGAAGCCAAAAAUCUCCGCCGGUUGAGUGCAGCCAGCAGCCGGUUAGAACGGAUUUCCGCCGCCCUGGUCGAGGUUGACGAGGAAAAUCACAAUCUGGAGCUUCCUCGAAGCCGAGGCCGGACUAACAGGCGGAGUCUUCCAACUCCCCAACUUUUAAUCCCUGACCUCCCCAAGCUUCCGGAAGGAGGCGUCGUUGUGUCCCCUUGCGAAACUAUCCCACCCCCUCCGAUCGAGAAAGAUGAUUCAGACCGCUCGGUUAGUUCGUCUCGUGCGCGCCCGGUUCCGCCGCCUAAAGAGCGACGUGUAUCCCGCGGUAGUACGCUCCAUCUCAGUGCAUCCCAGCCCGAGUCAAUGCGCCCCCAUGGAAUAUUGAAGCGACCUGGUAUGCGUCGACGCCAAUACCCUAUUUUGAGUCAAUUGGCGUCCCUGAAACAUUGGCUUGUGGAGUCUACGAAGCGAGCAAAAUCACCCCAUCCGAAAGGCUUUGGGCACCCGAGUGUGUCUCUUAAGUUCCUUUCCGAUAGAAACAACCCGAAUAAAAGCAAGAAUGCUUCCAAACAACAACUACCAACGCCUUCCAACAGCCCAAAUCCAGGCCAAAAUUACCAGACGCCAACGCAAAUAAAACGUUCGUCGAAUUCAAGCCUAGCACCGAGCAAUGCUUCAUACCCGGGGGCAGUGCGCCCUUCCUCUAUCACCCAGCCACCGCGGCCCCUUAACAGCAGCGCCUCGCGUCACCGUAAUUCCUUGUCCCCAUCACCACUAACACCGCGUAAUUCCUAUCGCCGCUCGUCAGCCGGACUACGAGGACGGAAAUCAACAUCUUCAUCUGUUUCUUCCAUUCGAACCAUUCACCAUGCACAUUCGCAUUCCAAAACCUCUUCGGUUUCCUCCAAUAGCAUCGACACCGUUUCAACUCCGACGGGUUCUUCCAUAAAAGCUCUUGCCAUUUCCCGCUCUCCGCAUGCCUCAAUCAAAGUCUUGCCAACGACUCCAAGUGCGUCCACGCGUUUUCCGAAUAAUAUUCGACUUGUCCGAGGAAAUAAUAGUUCGGUACAUAGCAACGGCCCCCUUCAUAGCGUCUUCAACGAAUCUGCACCACUUACAAUCAUGUCUUCUCCAUCUUCAAGUCUCGUCUUCGCACGACGAAAAAGAUCUGCUUUUAAAGGCCCAACGCUAAAUACAUCUAAUCUCAUUGCAUCUAAUGGCGGCGGUACUCCCGUUCUUCCCAGGAGGCGAGAGUCGUUAUUUGAUGCACCGUCUGGCGACACAUCUGCGCUGGGUCCUAGGAAGAGCCAAAUCAUUGAAGAGGAGGAGGAGCUAUUCCAAAGCCAUGUCUUCGAAGAUGAAGAAGUUGAGGAAGUUGACGGCUUCAGUCCUGUUGACGAGAGAAGCCCGGAUCUCGUCCAAGGACGGGCAUCCCUUGAUGUGAUUACUUCCCAAUCGAUUGCCACAUCAGCCGCAACAGGGCCUGUCACUAAUGCAUCGGCCUCGAGCCCUUCGACUCGCGACACAAAGUCUCCUGAGCCACAACUCCUACCUGCCGCUGAAAUUGAAUCGACUCAGUAUCCCUCGUUCCACCCUUCGGCUGCACAACCUGAAUCCGAUCCGGUUCGGCCUCCUCGCUCGUCCUCCUUACGCGAGCAUCAUAAACCCAACUCUCCGGGUAGUGCUACCGCUCACGAGCGCUUUGACAACACACAGACACCGAAUGUAAUGCAAGAAGAACAAGGGGCAGAAACCCCUAGCCCAAAGACAACAUGA